CAGGAGGCGCAGGCAGCGGGCGGUUCGGGCCGGGGGAGCGCGGAGCCAGGGGCGCCCAUGGGGAAAGGCGGGGAGAAAGGCGAGGAGGCAGGGGAGCGCGAGGCGCAGAGCCGGCUCUACAGCUGGGAGGAGAUCCAGCGGCACAACCUGCGGACGGACAAGUGGCUGGUGAUCGAGCGCAAGGUUUACAACAUCACCACGUGGGCAGCCAGGCACCCGGGCGGCCCCCGGGUGAUCAGCCACUACGCCGGCGAAGAUGCCACGGAUGCUUUCUGGGCCUUUCACCUCAACCCCAGCUUUGUGCAGAAGUUUCUCAAGCCAUUACUGAUUGGAGAGCUCGCCCCAGGGGAACCUAGCCAGGACCGAGGCAAAAACCCCCAGCUGGUGGAUGAUUUCCGGGCCCUGAGAAAGACAGCAGAGGAUAUGAAUUUGUUCAAAGCAGAUCCCUUAUUUUUCUCCCUUUACCUGGCUCACAUCAUCAUGAUGGAAACUUUGGCUUGGUUACUAAUUUCAUACUACGGCACCGGCUGGGUCACAACUUUUAUCCUUUCCUGCAUCCUUGCAACCUCCCAGGCCCAGGCUGGGUGGCUACAGCAUGACUUUGGACACCUCUCUGUCUUUAAGAAGUCUAAAUGGAACCAUAUCGUCCACAAGUUUGUCAUUGGGCACCUGAAGGGUGCCUCAGCAAACUGGUGGAAUCAUCGUCACUUCCAACAUCAUGCCAAGCCCAACAUCUUCAAGAAGGACCCAGAUGUGAACAUGCUGCAUAUUUUUGUCCUGGGAGAUUCUCAGCCCGUUGAGUAUGGCAAGAAGAAGCUGAAAUACCUACCUUACCACCACCAGCAUGAGUACUUCUUCCUAGUUUUCCCACCUUUCCUCAUCCCCGUGUACUUCCAAAUGCAAAUCAUCAUGACCAUGAUCAGACGCAGGUUCUGGGCGGACCUGGCCUGGGCCUUCAGUUAUUACAUGCGCUAUUUCAUCAUGUACAUCCCUUUCUAUGGAGUUCUGGGAUCCCUGUUUCUCCUCACCUUUGUCAGGUUUCUGGAGAGUCACUGGUUUGUGUGGGUCACACAGAUGAACCAUAUUCCAAUGGAAAUUGACUGUGAGAAGCACAGAGACUGGCUCAGCGCUCAGCUGGCAGCUACCUGUAAUAUUGAGCAGUCCUUUUUCAAUGACUGGUUCACCGGGCACCUGAACUUCCAAAUCGAGCACCACCUGUUUCCCAUGAUGCCACGACACAAUUACUGCAAGAUUGCCCCACUGGUGAAGUCUUUGUGCACCAAGUAUGGCGUCCACUAUGAAGAGAAAUCUCUCGGCAAGGCAUUCAAAGACAUUGUUGGGUCCCUAAAGAAAUCUGGAGAUCUCUGGUUGGAUGCCUACCUCCAUAAAUGAAAUUGCAUCGUAGUGGGGAGGUUCGAGUGAUAGGGGAAGGACCGUGUGUUUUUGUUUUUUUUGUUUUUUACUGUCAGAUUUUCAGCCUUUAUCUGUGUGCACAGUUGGAGGGGAGUUUCCUGUCUUGUGAAAUGCUACUCGGGGGGUUGGGGGGUUAAGACACCUUUUUAAACCAGAGGGAUUUUAAAUGUGUUUGGCACAGUCUUCAGAAGAUGAGUUAAAAGAUCCAUUUUAUACCACCUGGCUGGAAAUUGACCAAGCUGAGUGGGGUUUUCUGUUUUGGAGGUGGAGGGUGAGAGAGCAGGGUGGAUAACCAGAAGGGCAAUUUCUUCCCUCCCCUCCCUCUUCCAGAGCCAUUCACUUCAGCCUUAGCCUCAACCCCCCACACACAGGCACUUGAUUCAUAAACAUGAUCAGGCCAGCAUCAGAGAGCUUCUGCAUCUGUUCCAAUAUUUACAAUCCCAGAAACCCCAAUCAGCUUACACCCUUUCCCCCUUUCUGAUGCUGGUGCAGAGAAGCAACAGCCCAGGAUUGGAUUGUGGUUAAAAACAAAACCCCCAAAAGCCUGUUUGAUCACCCACAGAACGGUGAAGUCUCUUGGCUGCACUGCCUGCUGCAUCCUCCCUGGAGAACUGGGAGGCGCAGCUGUGAGCAGCAGGUGCUGCAUUAUUAGUCUGUCUGCCUCACUCAGAGCCCUGCUGUGGCUUUGUCUCUCUAUCAGCCUCUUUCUCUCUGUGAGCACAGCGCUGCUUUAGUAAAGGCCACGGCACCAGUCCUAAGCUGAACUCCCGCAUUAGCUUCCUUGGGACUCUACACAGGCGAAAGUAUCCAGCUGCAUGGGCCUCAGGGCUGGAUCAGGCUCCGUGUGUGUUUUUACUGCUCACCCCUGUUUUCAGGGGUCUGCAACUCAGCUCUGGGCUGAAACAGCGAGAGGGAUUUAACAAUCACUUAGUCAGGUUUUCUUUCCAUGUGGCCCAUUAACACUGCUGAGUUGUCUGCUAACUAAUGAUAAUAUUGAUGCAUAUAACAAAUUGACCUGCCCAUUGCAGCUGCUUUAUUGUGCUCCUCUAUAGUUCAUAAACUGCCUUGGGCGGGAGGGGUUGCAGCUACUUAACACAAAUACAGCAGAGAACCAAGCUACCCUGGUUUUUCAUUUGGUGUGAAACUUUCCAUAGAGCACUGAGAAAUCUCUUAAAUUGUCUAGACCUGUUUUCUGUCUGAUACACAGUUACCCAAGAACCAUUCAUGGCUCUAAUGGAGGGUAGUGUUCAGUUGGUUCCAUGACACAGGGCCCAAUCCAAAGCCAACUGGUAGCAAUAGAAAGUUUUCCAUAGACCGCAGUUGCCUUUACAUUAGGCCUGGAGACUUUAAUUUAAUACAGUUGAAAGCAAGACAGAUGUGACAUUCCAGUAACAUUAAGGGCCAAGGUUUCUAAAAAAGGCCUCUAAACUUCUGCCCAUCCCUCAUUGCUUGUUCAAAUCCCACAUUUCCUUGUGCAAAAUAGGUAUUUUCUCAUGCAGUUACCUAACAUCAAGUUUGCAAGCACAUCAUUCAUCUUCCCAAGCAGAUCCUAUCACCCAGAUGAUGCUCCACUAAAAUCAACAGGGCUCUGCCUGCCUGGAGGCAGCUGCAGGACUGGGACUUGAUACUUGAGAAAGUUUAACCCGCUUUAGAAAAUAUCUCCCUGAAGAUCAGAUUUUACUGCACUAAAGCCAUGAAAUUCAUAGCGGACAUUGUAAUUUAACCAAUCCACUGAUGCCUGAAGUUUGUAGGAGAGACUAAAUAUUUGGGUGAUUUUACACACCCUGUUGAUUGAAAUACUUAAAUAUCACCACAGGUGGUUAAAAUGAAGCUUUAUUGUCCUGGUGGUGUUUCAGUUUCAACCAGACCUUGAACACCUUUUAUACUGCAGUCCCUGGGGGUUCCAAUCUCCAAUAGCAUAAUUAAUAGUAUCCUUCUGUAUUUUGUAAUCUUUUUGAACAAGGUAGUAAUGAGUUAGCAUGGGAUUGUGGAAAACACCAUUGAAACUGCCUUAAUCUCAGUCUCUUUUUGAUUCAAUGAAUGUAUCUCACUUUCUCUGCUCCAGGAGAGAUGAGCACAAACAUACUGCGGCACCUGCUUUGCAGUCUUCCAAACAGGCAGCUCGCUUUUCGAGAAGGUUCAGGUUCUUUGUUCCUCCAGUUCUUGUUUCCAAAACAAACUCUGAGUUUGGCUGCUGCUUCCUCUGGGCUCUGGCCCUUUGCUCUUUGCUGUCUGUCAUGUUGAAAUGUUGUCCAUUUGCAUGCUAAACGUCCAGAGGAAUCUCAGGAGAGUGGUGACCCAACAGACCCAUCCCAAAACAGUAGCCUUAUUCUAGUCACAUGCUUUUGUAGUUGUCAUUGAUCAGCUUACUGGAGGGACUCGUGUUUUAUUAAAAUAAUAAUGCAAUUCCAGUAGGGCACUCUGCAUUGCCAAUGCCUGGGAGAUGGCAGCUAUCACUACUGACAGUUGUAGAACCUCGGAACAUUCUAGAAGAGCAAUGGGGCUGGGCACCAUGCAGAAGGAAGGGCCAGUCCUUAAACAGAACAAUUGUUUCAUUUGUACUGAGCAACAACAAACAAAAUCAUAAAGGGAACAAGUAGGGACAGGCAAGUGCCUGAUAUUGGCUCUUCCCUCUCACCCAGGCGAGCUGGGUGCUUUAGAUCAAACUAUAGAAACAUUCUUGUUCAUGGAAAACUCUGAGUCACUAAGAUCUGCAAAAUAAAAAUGAUGCCAUUUUAUAGUU